AUUAUCUUUGGCAAGCCGAUUGUAUGUUUGUCAACACUAAAGAACACCACAGACGGAACACAUGUUCCAGGACAGAAGUUGAAGUGGGCCAGUUUCUAUAUUUGUAAACAAAGAGUUAAUUUUUCGUGAUGUCCUCGUGGAAGAAGACUUCAAAGGCAAACCAGAAAACACACCGAGAAAGAUCACAACCAGAAAGCAGAGCACACCUGGGAAUCCUAGAGAAAAAGAAAGAUUAUAAAGAGAGAGCAAAAAAUUAUGGGAAAAAGAAAAAGACACUCAAAAUAUUGAAAAAACGUGCUCUAGAUAGAAAUCCAGAUGAGUUUUAUUUUCAUAUGAUCAAUUCUCGUGUUAUGGAUGGUGAGCAUCACGAAGUUGAUAAACCAGAUGAACAUACACCCGAGCAGAUCAAAUUGAUGCAAACGCAGGAUUUAAGGUACGUUACCACAAAACGAACAAUGGAGUCAAAGAAGAUAGAUAAACUUCAGUCACAACUUCACUUGAUCGAUGUAGCAGAUCAAACGGAAAAUACACACAUAUUCUUUGUCGAUACAGAAGAAGAGGCCAAAAAAUUUGAUGUUGCCGCUAGGUUAGACACACACCCAUCCUUGCUCGGUCGGCGAACAAACCGACCUAGACUGUCAGUUUUGAAGAAUACAUUGUUGCCAGAAGUAGAUGAAAAUAUUUUGGAGAAAGCUGUUCUCCAGCGGACUCAGGCAUACAAAGAAUUGAGCAAGAGAAUUCAGCGUGAGAAGGAACUCGCAGUUGUACAACAGAAGCUCGAAAUUGAACGUCAUCUUCAAAACAAAAAGGAGGAACGUCCAAAGAAAAUCAAACCAGGGUCUCAAGAUUCUGCACCUGUCUACGAAUGGAAAUUUGAACGAAAACGAUAACUUUUAUUUUGUAAAUUAACAAAUGCAUUUAUUAUCUACUUGUGUAUGAUUGUGUAAUAAAUAAAGUAUUUUUACAAAUGA